UCAGCGACCUUUAGUGCACACAAAAUCGCCAGAACAUGAGUGCGUGCCUCAUCUAUACGGUAGGAAGAGGAGUUACUGGAUUACAUUUCAGCUCUGCACCAGCGUGAUAAUGGAAACCUUGCAAGACCUGUAAGAAAAGUCCAGGACGAAAGAAAGGAUACACUAAAUACCCAACAGUCUGGGAAUAAAAGAACCCAAAGAAAAAAAAAAAAGAUGCCCCUCUUUGGCUGGAUGAGAUGGUCCAGAGCAGAGUCCGACAAGUCCACACAAUACCCUGGCUCAGAAGUGGUGACCAAGACUUUGUUGAGGGAAUUGCAAUGGCACCUGGGAGAGCGUGAACGACUGCUGCACGAGAUAGAGAACGAGCAGAGGGGACAGAACACAGGGGCGGAUUAUAACUGGCUGAGAAAUGAUUACAGCUUGAAGGCAAGCAUCCCGGUAACCGAGGAGAAACAGCUGGAGGUCCUGUGCUCCCAGAUCCAGCCAUGCCACACCGGGACAGUGCUCAGCAGAUUUCGAGAAGUUUUGGCAGAGAACGACGUGCUACCUUGGGAAAUUGUCUACAUAUUCAAGCAAGUCCUGAAGGAUUUCCUAAACUCCAUAGACAGAGAACAUCAACAGGUGAAGCUGCUGGACAUGUGGAACGCAAACUGCCCCGUCAACUUCACAACGAGCGGAGAUCCGAACCUACACAAGGAGGAAAUCCCAACAGUGUCCAGCUACGUGGACAGGAACAUGCAAAGCCUGUUCCCAACCUUCUCACAUCGGAUUUGGAAUCUGCCGUACUACUACCCAUCUAGUUAGAUAAAGGGGGGGACCCACACUAAAACUAAGAACAGAAAGGUUAUGAACCGAUUGUUCCAAUAGGCAGGGAUCUGUAACCUGCGGCCCUUCAGCUGCAGUGAACCUACACCCCAGGGCAGGUUGCAGAUGGCUGCUGUAAAUAGUGCAGAUUUUUAUAAAGAAUCUGCAUGUGUAUCUAAUACGUCUAUGCAGAUUUUAUACAUAGGAAACACAAUAAGCAAUCCUAUUUUUAGCAAGAUAUUGUAGCUAUUUUUACAGGCAAUAGAUAAUAUAUAAGUUGUAUGACCCUAUAGACAACUUCUAUUUUGUACCAGUCAGUGAUUUCUGUGUUCUGGUAUUUUGUGUAUGUACUUCUGAUGUUCCUAAAUUUUUAUAUACAAGUAGGUUUAUAUAGCACUUCAGAUAAUAAUUAAUGUUGGGUAGACAGAGGGAAAAAUAGCUUUAUAGUAAUAGACUAGAUACUGUGAUAGCAAAGUGUCCAUGUUCAAAUGAUGUUUUUUCACAACCAUUUUAGCAAAUACUGCCACAAAGGAACGCGAUCUGACCAAGACCUGUGUACUCACCCUUAGAGCCCGUUCACACGGUGGAAUUUGCAGGCGGAAUUUUGGCGCGGUUUCUGCACGCAAAAUUCCACCACCGCCUGUGUGGUUUCCGCCUUCCACUGUUUGCAAAGGGAGGCAGCGCUGCCGGCGGUGUAAAGCCAGAAGGGACAUGUCACCACCGGGAGCCGCAUCGGGUGUCCGCUGCUCCACUCAAUAGGGCUAAUCUGUGAGGGAGUCCGAAGCAUUGCAAGUGAAAAAUUGCCAUAGAAUACAAGGUUGAUUUUGACAGCAUUACAACCCACCUUGUAACAGGUAUACAUGGUGACAACUGACUAACUGAGAACCUUCCCUAAAAAGGUCACCUCUUUGGGAAGUCCAUCCCCUCAUCCUGACCAGAUUUUCUUGUGACCGCUUUUCAGGUUCUUCACAUAGUAUGUAAGGAGGCCCAAAGCAGUUUUUUUGUCAUCAGGAUUUGCAGGUUCGGGAUAUUUUUUUCCCUCACAAAUACAAACAAUUUUGACAGGGGCAGUAGCCGCUGCACCAGCAUUCACUUUAACGGAGCCAAUAAACAAGAGUGGCGCUGUCUCCGUUUCUAAUUUCAAGGCUCUCUCAGGAGGAAGGGAUGUUUUAUCUUGCAUAAACCCCAACCUGGGGAAGAAAAAAAAUAUAUAAAAAAAAAAAAAUGUUUUCAUUCUACCUCAACACUGGGAUCAGUUUCCACUUUUUGGGGGAAGUGAACACCCAAGUCUGAAUGGAGGACUACUGUUCGGCAUACAGCAAUAUUCACCUAAAGGCUUUGCAGCUCACUUGAGAGGUAAAUAAUACGAUUGAUCGGUCUGCUAUAUGCCCCUACCUGUAGGCUGUGCACAAACAGGAGAUUUUUGGUGAUGAUCCCAAUGAAUUCGACUGG